AUGAUAAGCUCCGAUGACGAGGCGGAGAAGCGCGACGUCAAAGCGGGGCCAGGCUUGGAUGCACCACUCUCCCAUCCAGAUCCUCCAUCUGCCUGGAACUUCACCGACCUGGAACUACACGAGGCUCAACAGCCAAGCGACGAGAAUGCUUAUUUGACACUAGUUUAUAACAAUUCACCGGUAGGCAAGGUAAGUAUGCGAAUGGGAAAUAACAGGCCGUAUCCUCCCACAAUGAGCGAUAUGACUGCGUAUUGUGUGGGCUUUGAUGGCCCCGAUGACCCAUUGAAUCCUUUGAAUUGGCCAAUGAGAAAAAAAAUCUACAAUGGGUUUUGUCUUUCAUUUGCUACAUUUAUUCUUACGUGGGACUCUUCUAUCUACUCAGUGACAGUGCCAAUGAUGGAGGAGAUUUAUCAUAUUGGAAGAGUGCCGGCCGUGUUGGGCAUUUCUUUAUACGUUAUGGGAUUUGCUGUAGGGCCAAUUAUUUGGGGUCCCAUCUCAGAAAUAUUUGGGCGGAAACCUCCACUGGUGGUUUCUUCUAUUUUAUUUGUUAUUUUCAACUUUUGGUGUGCCACGGCAUCCCAUUAUUAUGAGCUGAUGCUUUAUCGGUUCGCUUUAGGAGCCCUAGGGUCUGCUCCGCUAGCUACAACAGCAGCAUGCUUUGGUGAUUUUCUCCAUUACAGAGUGCGUGGUAUUGGCGCUGCAUUCUUCGGCCUCUGCGUUAUGGGCGGUCCGAGCGUUGGGCCAGCAGUAGGCGGUUUCAUCACCUACUCUUUUUUGGGGUGGAGGUGGACAUCGUACAUUUCAGGUAUCAUGGCUUCAUUAUCGCUUGUGAUGAUGCUUUUCUUGAGUGAGUCUUAUCAUCCUGUCGUUUUAGCCCACAAGGCUAGAGUGUUAAGACAGGAAACUGGAAAUCCAUUCAUUUAUGCCGAGCAUGACCAUGCACAGGUUCAUAUCAAAGCAAUUUUCCAAAAAGUCCUUCUGACGCCUAUAAGAAUGAUUUUCCAAGAACCUAUUUUACUGCUUGUUAGCCUGUAUCAUGGCUUUGUUUACGGGAUCCUGUACAUGUUUUUGGAGGGGGUCCCGCUGAUUUUUGCUCAAUAUCACUGGCCAGACCAGCUCAUUAGUCUACCUUAUAUGGCAGUGUUUGUUGGUAGUGCCAUUACUUGCGCGGCGAAUAUUCUCUACUUUGAUCGCCUCUUCCGAAAAAGAUUGGCCAAGACUGAUCUAUCGAUUGUACCUGAGUACAGGUUGCCGCUGAUGAUUUUUGGCGGCGUAAUAUUCCCAAUUGGACUCUUUUGGAUGUGCUGGACAGGUGCGUAUGCUCCACACGUACAUUGGAUUGCUCCACUGUUGGGCCUGACCGCUACUGGUAUUGGUCUGAUGGCCAUCUUCAACCCGAUCUUCAGUUACAUUGUCGAUACCUAUCGAUUCAGAGCAGCAUCGGCGAUUGCAGCAAAUACAUUCAUACGAUCUGCAAUGGGUGCUUCAUUCCCGCUGUUUGCUAAUGCAAUGUUCAAAAAUUUAGGCAUUCAGUGGGCUGGCACAUUGUUAGGUUGUCUCGCAGUGCUGCUGGCACCCAUACCAGUUCUCUUUUACCGACACGGUCACAGAAUCAGGGCAUGCUCGAAAUAUGCACCUACCUGA